AUGGCAUCGCUUGGGAAUACGAACAGGAGCAAAUAACUGGGCUGUACAUAAAGCGAUCAACCGAGAUGUGGGAUCAGUGAGAUAAUAUCAUUAGGAAGAGAAGUGAACAUAGAUGUAAGAAGAGACUGAAGGUUAGUUGUUCUGCAACCUUAGUAAGUUUAUUGCAGUUAUUGGAGAAGCUGUGGGAUGAAAAGAAGACGGAUGUUCUAAUUCCAUCUCAGACAAAAAGGAAGCUCAUACAGACCAGCGUAAUUUUAACAAGCCUUUAGCACGAUGUCAUUAGGGGAUGGCGCCUUUGAGGAGUUGCUGAUUGGCAGUUUCCAAGGUGAUGAAACCCAAAGGGUGGGGUUUACCGGUGAAGGGCGGAGCCCAGCUGAGGGACAUGAAAUCUUUGUACCUAUGUCUCCAACUGUGCCACUAGAUGGCGAUAUGUCUUGCGGUGGCUGUGGAGGUCGUGUCUGGGACAGGUUCAUCCUGUAUGCCGUGGGGCAGGCGUGGCACAGCACCUGUCUGCGCUGCAGCCUGUGCCAGUGUGAACUGCAGAUGCAUCCCUCCCUCUUCUGUAGGGAUGGGAAAAUCUACUGUCAGCAGGAUUACUACAGGUUAUUCAGUGAGGGUGCAUGUGCUCAGUGUGCCCGACCAAUCCCAUCUUCCACUUUGGUCAUGAGGUCUGGGGCGCUCACAUUUCAUCCUCAUUGCUUUACCUGCCAGGAAUGUAAUGUCAUUUUGCUACCGGGAAGCCUGUACUUCUUACAUGGGAGGAACCUGUAUUGUGAAGCUCAUUACCAUGGCAGCAGCACGACAAACCUGUCUCAGCACUGUCAACGUAGACAGAAAGAGGCAGAUGGUGAGGAGCCAGUUAGCAGCCCUGAGAUUCGACCGGGGGAGGGGGCAGCUGGGGACAAGACCCAGGGCAGAGCUAAGCGGAUCAGGACAUGCUUUCGCAGUGAGCAGCUAAGAGCCAUGGAAUCCUACUUUGCCCUCAAACACAACCCAAAUGGAAAGGACUGGAGCUCCCUGUCGUAUAAAACAGGUCUUCCAAAGAGGGUUUUGCAGGUGUGGUUUCAGAAUGCUAGAGCCAAACUCAGACGCUCCCUUUCCAUCAAUGAAUCACAGAGCGGUUCCCCAGCCACUCCUCCAGCCAGCACCAUGACUUCAGCCUCCAUGUGUUUAACAAACUCCCAGCAGCCACGGGCCUGUGAGACCAGCACCAUCGACCAGCUGCAGCUCUCCCUUCUGACAGCACCUCUGGAGGAAGCACCGCCGAGUCCCUGUCAGCAGUCACAAAGAUUUAAAGAUUCUUUUUAUUUUGACAGCAGUACAGAGGUCGGGGCUGGACUCUGUCCAUUAACAAGUUUUGAAUCAGGGGAGUCUGGCAUCAAAGAAGAAACUGGCGAAAAUUAUCGUUAGAUUGUGUCAAUAUACUUGGACUCACUAUUGUUAUUUAUACUCCAGCUUACAGUUAUUUCUGAACACAACAGAGCUUGGAACAAAUGUUUGAGCCACAUUGAAGACUAUCAUUAGUUCUUGAAUUUGUCUAUUUUAGGAAGUCAUAUAUUCAGUAUUAGGGCAUUUUACUCCUUUGAUUUUCUUACAAAUGAGUUUUUAUUUUUUUAAAUUCUAAGUAGCAGAACCACACCAAAGUGGUCGAACAUUUUAGUAAAUCUUAAGGGCUCGGCUAAUGCUUUAAAAAUGCCUAAAGCAUGGCUCACACUUUUGUUUCGAUAUAAUUUUAUGCGUGAUUUCUGUGUCAGUCACGAGAUAGGACAGAUCUGUGAGGAACAGAAUUCCAUGAUAACGCCCAAAGGUGGUUUAGAUAAAACCUGCACUUUCUUUGAAUGAAAGCAACUAGAAAAUUCUAUGGCCAAGUGAUUAUAGACAUGUAAUGUAAAUAAUAAGUGUAUUAGGGAACAUAAUCAGAAAAGAAGGAAUACAACCAGGACAGGAGCUAAACAGAAGAUGGCGUUAGAGACAGUCACACGAAAAGAUGUAAGUGUGCAGGUGAGAGUAGGAAACGAAAACGGUUCCUUUCAGGCGAAUGUUACAGUGUGGGCCAAAUAGGAUUCAAACACAGACAAGAAAACUACUCAAAAUUGUGUGUUUAAUUAAGGACAGGCAAGAACGCCAUGGUCAAAAAGUGCAGAAUUGGAAACUGGACUGGUAGAAACAAGCAAGCCAGAUUGGAGGACAAAGUCGAGGCAGAGGGACAGGCAGGGGUUAGGCAGCGUGCAGAAGAUGGGUAGGACAGAAAAUUAGGUAGUAACCAGGAGGCAAAAUUCACAAAGAUUGCACAAACCGUCAGACUGAACAGGACGGUCACGCACUGGGGUUCAGUAGACGGUGUAGUAAAAUAUGAAACGGUAAACAACCAAGACGAUCGUCUGCUGGGAGAGGGUGUGGCUAGACAUGAAAAACACCUGAGUAAUGCAGUUUGACACGUUCUUCAGGACUGCAGUUGCAGAGAUUUGUGAGAGACGUAGCAGGAGUCUGUAUAGGAGAGAGCCUAGAUGGGGCAUCCUGCUGGGCAUCGCUGACAAAUGUAAACAGUACAGUAUAGGGCCUCCAGGUUAGAGCCAACACACACUUAUGCCUUAGUAAUAGUGCAGUCCGUGUGGAAUUAAAGGAAACUGAGAAGUAUGGAGUGAUGAUGUGUGUUUACAUUUGUGCACAGAAGGUGUUUUAGUUCCACUCAAAGUCGGUGUUUCAUCCUAGUCCUGAUGUGUAAUGCUUUUUAAUGCAAGCAUGAUAUAUACAAUCAAAUUAGUUCUUCUUUUGGUUGAUUAAAUGCAGGAAGCGUAAAUGAUCGUAAGUUCAUAGUGCAUGCAUUGGAACCCAGCAGUUUAACCCAUCGAUUCGAUAUCGCGAGCGGUACAUCACAAACUACUGGUGACGUGAUAGAAAAGAGGUGACACGAUAUGAUAUUUAAGUACCGUAGCGAAGGGUUAGGCUGCGUUUUUUCAAGUUGUCAUUUAAGGACAUAUUAUUUUAGUUUGAAAAUAAUCAAAAGUCAAACAAUGUACAAUGUGUGAAAAAUAAAACAGAUGUAAUAAAUAUAUACUCCUGUUUGUUCGUUGUUUUCUGUGUUUUAUAUUAAAACUUAAAUAUAUUGAAACAUUCAUUUAAUGCAUAUUUUUGUCAUGUA